UGUUGGCCAUCGCGGACGGCUCAUGCCGCAGAACGACGGGGUCGAGUGGUCGAGGUUUGAGCGCCGACGGUGCGUUCCGUCACAUGUCGUGUAAAAUGUCUGUUUGCGCACUCACGCAACCGCCAGCGCCACGUUCAGCACACUCAGUUGCUCCACAGUCGCCGCCGGUGCAGCCACCACCGCUACCGCCACCGCUUACGACACAGCCGCCCCUGUCGCCGCCCCCGCAGUCACCGGAAGUGCGCAUCUACGAGGACUUUGACAGGAUGAGCGCCAAAGAGGUUUACUACAAUGAGGCGGGCAAAAAGGUAACAGUGAAGCUUUUGCACUUUCCGGACGUGCCGCCCGAGGAUAUAGCCAAGCUGCGCUUCGAUGAUGACGACGACAACGAGGAGGAGGAUGAUGAUGAGGAGGAAUUGGACAGCGAUGCGGGUCGUCAUGCCCAUAGCAAUGAAAGCGGCUCUAUGGUAGAUGCAUCCAAAACGGAUGCGGACAGCGAGGAUGCCGAGAGUGAGGCGGAGGAGGUGGAAGGCGCCACAGGUGGUGCCACUUCUGCUCCCAACCCCACCAGCAAAAAACUCUUCCGUCGCAAGCUCUCGGGCAACAAUAUGCAGACACGCAAGUGUAGUCUAGCCUUUGCGCAGGCGCACGGAAUAAAGCAGCGCUUUCCCGAAAAGAAACUCUCCAUGCCCAUCAUUAGCAUUACGGGUGGUAGUGGUGGCGGCAGCGAACACACUAGCCUAGCCGGUGGUCGUCGACUCUCCCAACAGCAUGCCCCGCGACGCACACACUCGCCCAUGGGCCAGAGUCUCUGCCCCGGCUAUAUACAGUACUCCAAAUCGUUGCUCGAGGUGCCCAUGCCCCGCGAUUAUGGCUAUGCCUCCAGCGAUGAUUUGAGCUCCGAAUGGGACUCCGAUGUGUCGACAUCAUCCUCACAAGCCAUGUCCACAUCCACGACAACACCAGCGGCCAAGAAGAGCUCCGGGUGGCGAAAGAUACGCAAUAUUGUGCAAUGGACGCCCUUCUUUCAGACCUACAAGAAGCAGCGCUAUCCAUGGGUGCAGUUGGCCGGCCAUCAGGGCAACUUCAAGGCCGGCCCUGAGCCGGGCACCGUACUGAAGAAGCUCUGCCCCAAGGAGGAGGAAUGCUUCCAAGUGCUCAUGCAGGACAUGCUGCGCCCCUAUGUGCCCGUCUACAAGGGCCAGGUGACCAGCGAGGAUGGCGAGCUGUACUUGCAGCUGCAGGAUCUGCUGAGCGAUUAUGUACAGCCGUGCGUCAUGGACUGUAAGAUCGGUGUGCGCACCUAUCUGGAGGAGGAGCUGUCCAAGGCCAAGGAGAAGCCCAAGCUGCGCAAGGACAUGUACGACAAGAUGAUACAAAUCGAUGCGCAGGCCCCCAAUGCUGAGGAGCACGCAGCCAAGGCGGUCACCAAGCCCCGCUAUAUGGUCUGGCGCGAGACCAUCUCCAGUACAGCGACACUGGGCUUUCGCAUCGAGGGCAUUAAGAAAAGCGACGGCACCAGUUCCAAAGAUUUCAAAACGACCAAGUCACGCGAACAAAUCAAAGCAGCAUUCUCAGAGUUCUUGAGCGGCUUUGCGCACAUUCUGCCUCGCUAUAUACAGCGCCUGCGCGCCAUACGCGCCACCCUCGAUGUCUCGGAGUUCUUCAAGACGCACGAGGUCAUUGGGAGCUCGCUACUCUUCGUGCACGAUAAUACCCACGCUAGUGUCUGGCUGAUCGACUUUGCGAAGACAGUGGAGCUGCCGGCGGAUCUGCACAUCGAUCACAAUUCGGCCUGGAAGGUGGGGAAUCAUGAGGAUGGCUAUUUAAUUGGGAUCAACAAUCUCAUUGACAUAUUUGUGGAGCUGCAGGCAGCGCAUGUGGCUGGAGCCACAUUGGAGUCCUCGUUGACUUCGUCGUCCUCGACAUCGUCGCCAUCGUCUGGCUCUGUGUCGCCAGCGCCAGCGCCAGUCGCUGAAACGCCGCAAACACAGCAGGAUGAAGAAAAAUGAAGCGCCGGACGCAAUCAGCAUAUGGUCCAGAGGACUAUAUGGGGCGGAGCCCCACAGCCCGAUAUUUCGCGCAGCCACACUAAAAAGCAUAAAGACAUUUUCCUAUCACAUUAGCAACCAUAUAGAAGAAGAGGAUGAUGACGACGGCGACGACGAUUAGUUGAAAAAUGACGAGAACGGAAAAAACUAUAUUACCCGAACUUAGUUUUAAGACAUUUCAGUUGUAGGCGCAACAUAAUUCUUUUUUUUUCUACUAUUCAUAUACAUAUAUGUAUCUAUAUAAAUAACUUAACCAAUUAGGUUUACAAACGAAGACUGAAACCACAACAAUAUGCAUAUAUAUACAAAUAUAUAGCUAGACUUAUAUAAUAGUAGCCUAUAUGCUGCUGUUGCUCUCAACUCGUGCACGGCGUUGCUGUUUUAGUGUAAUUUAUUUAUGCAAAUUUAACAAUUUGACGCUGCACCCUCGAAGCAAGAGAAACAAUCCUAUAAACAAGGAGAACACAACACAACAUGAAACAAAAAACAAACCGACCAACCAACAAUCAAACAAAUUAUAAAUAUGUAACCAAAUUCUGUUCAAUAUAUGCGCAACAACUAUGUA